AUGAACGAGCACAGUUCACGAAGUCACUCGGUGUUUCGUAUUUGUAUACAACAAAAUAAUCGUGAAACAGGCAAACAGUUGAUGGGGUCGCUGUAUCUAGUUGAUUUGGCUGGCAGUGAGAAAGUUUCCAAAUCCGGCGCCGAGGGUUCCACCUUGGAUGAAGCAAAAAAUAUAAACAAAUCAUUGUCCACUCUCGGGAACGUAAUCAACGCACUGGUGGAGGGCAAUACGCACAUUCCCUACCGUGACUCGAAGUUGACCCGGAUUCUUCAACAGUCAUUAGGUGGAAACUCAAAAACGACCAUCAUCAUUGCCGCUUCCCCGUCUACGCUAAACGAGACUGAAACCAAGUCCACCAUGGUCUUCGGGGUACGUGCAAAGACGAUCAAAAAUCAAAUCACACCGAAUGCGCAACUCACCGCAGAGGAAUGGCGUCGGUUGUAUGAACGGGAAACGGAUCGAACGAAACAACUUUUCAAUGCACUCGCAGGUUUGGACGGAGAGGUCAAGCGAUGGCGAGGAGGUGAGAAACCUGCUAAAGAGAACUGGUACACGGAAGAACGGUACGCCCCGCUGCUACGUGAACUCAGUGACAACUCCGAAGCUCUCGGUGGGAUACUGUCUGCUGAAGAUAUUGAAAUGAGUGAUGAGGAACGGUUCCUCGAGCUGUUUCGUCUGUUGGACGAAAAAGAUGACGAGAUUAACAAACAGUGUCAAAUUGUCACCAAACUGGAACAUCAGAUUGCGCAAACACGUGAAGAUUACAACAAAGUACAACGAGACAAUGAGAAGCUACAGACGUUAUUAGAAAAGGCCCAGCAUGAGGCGGAUAUCAGUCGCUCAGAGAUCAAAGAUGUGCUACAAGCUCUGGAAGAAUUGGCCGUCACUUAUGAUGAGAAAAGUGCCGAGUCGAAAGCACUUGGCAAAGAAUUGGAGGAUUUAAAUGGGCGUUUGGCCGAUUUACAAGAAAAAGUCGAAUAUCACGAGACAGAAGCGGCUGAUGUCAAAGAACGCACGACAGCAAUGCGAAACAAAUUGCAUGAGCUUAUCUACAAUUUGAAUGUUCAAAUAGCUGAGGUUGGAUCGACGGUUAGCAAAAUGUUUGCGUUGAAAGCGUUGCUAGCCGAAUCCGAACGUCAGCGAACGGAAAGAGAGAAACAGAUAGCAGCACUGGAAACCGAAUUGGCUUCUACGAGUCAGGAAUUGUUACAAGUUGGCACCAAAAGGCAGUUAUGUGUGGAAUUGAAAAAUAUGACCGAUAUGGAUGAUCAGCUGAUUGCCCGUGUACAGUCCACAAUCGAACGAAAUGCGGUACACUUACAGGAUCAGAUCAGUAAGGCCAGAGGAGAUACUGAACGAGCUAUAACCACUUCGAACAAGCUGCGAGAAGAAAAUAUUAUACUCAAACUUCAGCUGGAACGAUUUGUGAACGAAACUGAUCUGUUACGUCGGCGUCUGGACACAAACGAGGGAAACCGUUCGGACGGGCCACCGGUAUCUGCGUGCAGAGAACAAGCCAAAAGUGAAAUCAAAGCUAUGGAAGACACAGUUCUGCAUGAAUUGCAAGUGCUCAACUCGUUGAGACGUGUCUUUAUUACGGACUUGAAGAAUCGUAUACGCAAGAACGCGAACAAUCCGACCACAUUUCUCGAAGAUGAACCACUCGAGGCUCAAGCAAUAGGCACAGCAUUGCAACGUGAACGUAUCGCAUUUUUGCGCAACAGUUUGGAUAAUCUGACUCGCGUGCACAAACAAUUGGUCCGCGAUAAUGCUGAUCUACGUUGUGAUAUACCAAAGCUGGAAAAACGCGUCAAAGCUAGUGUGGAACGGAUCCGGGAUUUGGAACUGGCUUUGCGUGAGACAAAAGAACAAAUGAUUCGAGACAAAAGACGAUAUCACUACGAAAUUGAACGAAUCAAAGAGGUGAAUUGGGUCCGGGGAAAUCCACGCUUGCGUACAAAUAUUGAUGAAAAAAUGCCAUCCUCGUGGAGCACAAAGGAUGAACGAGAGAUCGAAAACAAGUAUAAAAUUAAGCUGGUAAAAGUGUUCACCCUAAUGGGACUGAAUUUAUCUAUGCCUAAACUGGAAAUGAACACCCUGUCUUUGCUCUCUCUGCACUCGGGACAGCAAUAG